GAGCACGGGGAGGGAAAAGAAGCGAGAAGCUGAGAGAAAGAGAGAGUCGCAGGAGGAAGAGGGAGAAUGCUCGGUGUCCGGGUAACACUUCCACGCUUGUAUCCAGGGCCUUUGUGAAUACACCAUGGGAUGCAUCGGCUCCAGGACACUGACGGGAGAUGGCGUGCCGGUCCAGAAGGACGGGGAGCAGCAUGGACCUUCAGAAUUGUCAUGGGAAGGAAUCAAUUCGAUCUCUUCCAGGGUUUAGUCGUGGCACAAUCAGAAUUGGUGCAGGCUGUCCAUGGAAGACACCACGUCGAUCCUGCCUCGGCUCAAGAGGAACUCUAAUGCGUACGGCAUCGGGGCUCUGGCUAAUGCUUCUCUGUCAGGUGUGUCAGGUGUGAGCCGCACGAUGAAGGAGCGAGUGACGAAGCCCACCGGCAUGGCGCAGGGUCGCGUUGCUCACAUGAUCGAGUGGCAGAACUGGGGCAUGUCGACGGUGGGACCAGGAGGCGUGCCGCUGCCCCGGAUCACCACCGAGGAGCGGGAGAAGGAGCGGCGGCUGGAGAGCGACGCCUACAGCGACCUGAGUGAAGGAGAGAAGGAGGCGCGCUUCACUGCAGGGAUCCUGCAGCAGUUUGCAGUCACCGAGGCGACGCUCAUAGCCUGGGGCUCGAUGGACGGAGGGAGCACGCGGUCGGGAUCAAUGAUGGGCAGCGUGGCCCGUCUGAGCGAGGUCAACCAGGAGAGCAUCACCAGUCGAGAUCAGAUCUUGCACCACUCCUCAGCGGAUGUGUGGCCCCACACUUACGUCUCCCAGGGCCACUACUGCCUCUCCUCCUCCGACGCCUGGGAGCCCAUCAACAACGACUCCUCCGGCGUGAUGUCCUCCCCGGCCGGCUCCUACGUCCUCGGGCCUGAGGGCUACGAGGGCCAGGCGGCGGGGUGCUUCCUGUCGCAGCAGCAGCAGCAGCAGCUGACGCUCCAGCAGCAGAACCAGCUGCAGCAGCUGCAGCAGAUCCAGCAGAUCCAGAGCUACCAGCAGCAGCAACUGCUGCAGUACCAGCAGCAGCAGUCUCUGGAGCAGCGGCUGCACAGCGCCAACCAAUCUUUGCAAGCUACGCCCAACAGCACCAUCCACAGCCUGGUGCACCCGGCCCGCCCCCCGCUGGUGGACCUGUGGAACAGCAUGGAGGCCUACCCCACGGAGGGGGGGGGCUUCAUGGGGGUGGCGGUGAUGGUGGAGCCCAGCCUGUGUGUCCCGUCUGCGGAGGACAUGGGGACGGAGCACUCCCCCCUCCUGGAGCAGCAGGAGGAGGAGGAGGAGGAGGAGGAGGAGGUCCAGGAGGAUGAGAUGAGAGUGUGCAUGGAGCCGGAGCUGGCCUCGUUGACUCCCCCCCGGCACCAAGGGGACGCCUCCGGUGGCAGUAGUCCGGGGCAACCACCUGCAGAGCCAAUCACAGAGCGGAAGUCCUCGGAUGUCUCCUCCAGCCUGGUGCAGACGCUGGAGAAGGAGGAGGAGGAGGCGCUCAGCCCGGGAGCCGCCAUGACAGCCAACUGAACAGACCCCUCAUUACAAACUGACCCGGAGUCAGCCAGGAAUGAGCGUAACAAUACAAUAUAUAUCUAUUAAUCUGUUCCUUUCAGGUAUCAACAUUUUUUAGAUGGAUUCUUCAGAAAGCGAGAAACCAGAUCUGGAGGUGGACUCACAAUGAGACAAAGACAGCUGAUGCAACAAAGGACACCUGUUUCUUUUUAAGCCUUCCAUCCCAAAGGUAAACGAAGACGGGGAAGAGGAGGAGGACUGAUUGGACGUUCCCAAUUGGAUAGUAAAACCACGUUGAGAUGAAGAGGAGGGCAAAUAAAAACAUGCAUGCUUUUUAUGAGGACAAGCAAAGUCGACCCUGUCAUCGUCUUAUAACAAUAAUGAAAAUCGAUCAUAAUAGGACAUUAUAAUAAGAAUCAUUUUGUAAUAAAGCAACAAAAAAAGAACAAAUCUAUGUAUAAGUGUAUGAUAAGAUAUAACAGUUUUCCCACGGGAGAACUACUCUGUUUACAGCUGUAACUCAAACAUAUUACUGUUUAAUCAAAUACAUUUUCAUCCAACACACGCAGUAUACUUUCAAAAAACGGCAAACAGUUCCACGUGUUAGGCUCGUGAAAUGCAUAUUAACCCUGUAGAGUAAGAUUCUGUGGCCGAGGCACAACCCAGGGACACGUCCUGCACACACUAACCUGCACAGAAAGGAUUGUACUGUAAGAAAGUGUGCUUCCUGCUGUCUCUCUGUAUGCAUGUUUCUUCAGAGCACUAUGGAGUACUUGUACUAUACAGCACCGUAUAGACGCUGCACUGAACCAUAGUAUCGCAGGGGGCGUAAAGACAGAGCUGCAUGAUCUCUUUUGCACUGAUGCAAUCCAACAGAUCAGAGGCUGCCUUUGGACUGCUGACGGCACCCAACCAAAACCGAGCCACUUAACAACACGAAACCCUCAGCUGCUUCUUAUUUCGUUCCUUCAUAGAUGAAUCGAGGAUGAUAACCACUAUUUGAAUGUACUGGAAGAAGGCAGGUGGCAGUACAUGAGUUUCUCUCCUCGCCGUCCACAUGGAGAGUCUUAAGAAACAAAGAUAAACAACCUGUUUUUUAAAAAAAAAACGUGUGGGAGGGAGCUGCUGACCACUGCUGGCUCCACCACACACGCACACACACGCACACGCACACACACGCGCGCACGCACACACACACACGCACACACACACACACACACAAAUAUCUAAAUUGUAACCAGCAAUAGGCAGACAAACACCGGCGUCCCAACAGCCCGGUGUUCACGCUGUCGUAUAGAUGUAAAUAGUCUGAGUAUAUAAUAAAAAAUCGCCUCUUACAUGCAGUCACAAACUGUUCUAGUACAGUAUGAUUUCUUUAUUUUUUUUUUACACAUCUCAGUCCCACUUUUUGGCGGGAACGCUCUCAAGCUUGCGACUGAAUUUAGUUUUUCUUACCACUUACACAAAGAUUUAAUGCAACGGAGGAAUGUUUGUGUGGGAAGAAGAGCGAUGGCUCCAACUGGAGAGUGUUUCAUCGGGUCAAUAGGAACAGUAGUAGAUAAAGGAGGGGGAAAUACAGCCCGUGCUUAAUCAGCCAAUCAGGGAACAGGAAAGACAGCUAGGCGCGAACAGUAGAGCCGAAACAGAUCGGUGUCUUCCUGUGAUUUCUGUGAAGAAGCAGCUGCCUGGAGAGUGAUAGUGAAUCUGAUGUUUGAGGAGGCAUGUUUUCAUUUGUGUUUUUCUUUCACUCGCCUGAGGAAGGAGUGUUUCAGCAAAGAGGAAGAGGAGGAGGAGGAGGAGGAGGAGACUUUCUGUGCAUGACGAACUUUACGACACACUGUUCUCACCUUUUUAUCUUCUCUGUCGGGGAGCUCCUUCUCCUCUCACUUUGAUGAUUGUGUGAGACACUUUUAAGACAAACUAACAACAACAAAAAGCAGUUGAAUGAAUUUAUUUAUUGAUUGCUUCUUUAUGCAACGUUGGGGGACAAUGUUUAUUUUUCUACGGACUUGUUGAAAAUCCCCUCCGGUAAAAGUUAGAAUAGUUGUCAUGGUUGUAAAGCCGUCUUGUUUCAGUCUGGUUUUGAGCACUUUACACGAGAAAAAAACCACUUUGUUUGGAGAUUUAGAAAUGGCUAGUUUGGCAGCUCUGGAUUAUAUCAUUUUAUUUCAAGAAUCCCUGUUUAGUGAAAACACGAGGGCUCAAAACUGCAAACAGAAUGUCUUUACACAGUGGCACAUAUUCAUUUAUUUAUUGAACAAUUACUUGGCGGGGAGGAAUAAUGUGACGGCUUGUACAGAGUCCUUUGUGAGUCAAUCGUGUGUUGGAAAGACCCUUUCCUUUAUAUGUGUUCAUUGUGACGAAGAAUUCGGCUUCUUUUUCGCCAAAAGAUUUCACGGACACAUGCAUGGACUUGAAGGACACUGGGUUGUUUUAUUUUUCAAAAUCUAAAUGAAUGAAUAAACUUAUAACAAGAAGCCAAAUAUAUUUCUGUGGAUGUUAAAGGUUUACUGAUCACGUCUUUGGUUCGCUCUUUUUGUAUAACCCUACUGCCAUCUUCCAAGAGUUUCCGUCACCUGUCAUGACGCUCAAAAUCUGCUUCUGGUACGCUGCCUUUCUCCUUCUCUCUCCUAUCUCUUUGUAUCUGUUCUGUACAUUUGUGUCUGUCUGUAUGUCUGUCCGUCAGUGUACAGUACGUUGUCUUGUUGGAAGAAUCACUGCCUGAAAAGAGAAAAAAAAUAAAUUAACUAAAGGGGAUUUGUUGCAAUCAGAGAUAUAUCAUUUGCUAACUGCUGUAAAAAAAAAAAAAACAUUGGGUAGCUUCUGUAAAAGUCUGUGUAAAAUUGGAUUUAUUUGUCUGAAAUGAGGCGGUGUAAUACAGUGUACACUCGCACCUAUGCAUGCUCGUUGGACGGUUGUCACAGGAUGGUUCUUCCACGUGGUUCCCCCCCUUUCUCUCCUCUUCUGUCAACAUUUCUCGUCCAUUUUUCCUGCACGACAGAACCUCCUACACCCCCUCCAGCGCCUUUACCUGUCUCCUCUUCUUUUCCUCUGGUGGAGAAAGAGCAAAUAAACAAACCAACAAAUGGUGUUUGAUGUG